GGAUUCGGGUUUUAAAAAACGCGGGCGGUGAAGUGGGCGGAGCGAGCGAUUUGAACGCGAGCGGCGCGGAACGUGGUUAAGCACCGGCUCCUCUAAGGCUCGCGGUCCAGGGCUCUCCGAGCCUACCCAGACGCCAGCCUUUUGUCCCUGGACCCGGCAGCCCAAGCAGGAGCCGUGGGGCCGGGCGCCAGCACUCUCCGCGGCGCGCCAUGGGCCCGCGCCGCCGGAGCCGCAAGCCCGAGGCCCCGAGGAGGCGCAGCGCGAGCCCGACCCCCAGCCCCUCCCGGCGGGGCCCCUCCUUAGGUGCUUCCUCACGUCCACGUGGUUAUCGAAGGCAAGGUUGGCUAAAGGAGAUCCGAAAGCUUCAGAAGAGCACACACCUCUUGUUAAGGAAGUACCCCUUCAGCCGCCUGGCAAGAGAAAUAAGUGUUAAAUUCACUCGUGGUGUGGACUUCAAUUGGCAAGCCCAGGCCCUAUUGGCCCUACAAGAGGCUGCAGAAGCAUUUCUAGUUCAUCUCUUUGAGGAUGCCUAUCUCCUCACCUUACAUGCCGGCCGAGUUACUCUCUUCCCAAAGGAUGUGCAACUGGCCCGGAGGAUCCGGGGCAUUGAGGGAGGACUCGGCUGAGCUCCUGUGCCCAGUGUUUCUGUCAGUCUUUCCUGCUCAGCCCGUGGGGAUGAUGCCAGGGACUCUCUGGAGCCAUGACUAGACCCAGUGGAGUCUGCGAUGCUGUCUGGACUUUGCUGUCUCUGAACAGUGUGUACAUGUUGCUUUAAACUUUUUUUUGGAGAAAAAGACUGCAUGACUUUCCGCUGUAACACAGGUAAUAUAUGAGACAAUCGACAUCGUUCCUAAGGCCUGAAAAUAAUUUUCAGAUAAAGAGACUCCAAGGUUGACUUUAGUUUGUGAGUUACUCAUGUUUUGGGAUUUUGAAACCAUCAGAUUUGUUGUGGUAUGGGAGAAAAGGAUAUAUACUUAUUAUUUUAGAUCUGUCUGUACUAUUUGCAUUUUUUACCAUAUGUACAUUUGUACUUUUAUUUUACACAUAAGGGAAAAAAUAAGAGAAGACCACUUUGAUCAGUUGCAUGGAAGGUGGGGCAUAUCCAGCAUAGACCUCUGCCCUUCAGAGUAGCCUCACCAUUAGUGGCAGCAUCAAGUGACUCAGUGGUCUGUGCUUGUCAACAGAUGAGGAGCUUUUCAGAAACUUAACUGGGGAUGAAUAGAAGAUCUGUAAGCUUUGAUGUUCUGGUUCCUUCUAGUCAAUUCCUGUCAAAAUCAAUUCAGAAAUUCUAACUUGUAGAAUUUAACAUUUUACUCUUGUAAAUCAUAGAAGAUGUAUCAUAUCAGUUCAGGAUUUUAAAGUACUUUUUCGAUGCUUUUACAUGUAUUUUUAUAGUUUCUUUAUAGACAGAUAAUAAAAAUCAAAAUAAUUAUUUAAUGAAAAUGGAGUUACUCCUAUAGCAUAGAGAUUAUACUGUACUUUUUAUGUGUUAACAAUAAGUUCUUUGUAUACUGUUUGCAGACAGGCACAAUUUAAGCAAGAUAAGUGAGGAAUGUGGUUUUGCCUCUGAUGGAAUAGAAUAUGCCAGAUGAAAACCUUGCCCUUCUGUUGUAACUGAGAGCAAUUUAAAAGAUUUCCAGAGACAUGGAAAGUGUCACCCAAAGAUAUGAGAUCUGUAUGUGGUGAAAAUGAUUAGUGAGGGGAGACUACUAAUAAUGAUGUGUCAGUCACCUGAGUUCAGAGACAGAUUAAAGAGAAACACCAAGUUCUAUUGUUUAAUAAUUUUCUCCCCUCAAGACAGAGUCUCACUCUGUUGCCCAGGCUGGAGUGCAAGAGUGCAAUCUCAGCUCACUGCAACCUCCGCCUCCUGGGUUCAACCAAUUAUCCUACCUCAGCCUCCUGAGUAGCUGGGAUUACAGGCAUCUACCAUCAUGCCUGGCUAAUUUUUGUAUUUUUGUAGAGAUGGGGUUUCACUGUGUUGGCCAGGCUGGUCUCGAACUCCUGACCUCAAGUGAUCCACCUGCCUCGGCCUCCCAAAGUGCUGGGAUUACAGACGUGAGCCACCUCACCCUGCCUGUUUAAUAAAUUUUAAGCCUUUAGAAAAAUCUCUUCCUGUUUGACAUCAACUUAUGCAGGCAUUUGCAUAGAUAAAACUUAUCUAGCCACAAAUAUAUUUAAUGUUCUUGUCAGUGUCAUUAGUUAGAAGAGUAUAAUCUUCCUCUAGUUUUCUUUAAAUUGACACUUCUCAGCUCUCUUGAAAUUGUACUAACCACUAUAUUGCUGCAGUACAUGUACAUCACAGUCAAAUGCCAGGCAGGAUGCGUGCUCUUGGCACCACACAGUAUCCGUAUGAUGACAUGAGAAUAAGUGGUUUACAUCAUGAUAUUGUCACAUAAUAUUGUUACAGUUUUAAAUUUUGAGCACUUAUAAUGUGUUGGGUUUUUUUUGUUUUGUUUUUGUUGCUGGAGUGUGGUGGCAUGAUCUCAGCUCACUGUAACCUCCACCUCCCAGGUUCAAGCAAUUCUCCUGCCUCAGCCUCCCGAGUAGCUGGGAUUAUAGUCCUGCACCAUGAUGCCUGGCUAAUUUUUGUAUUUUUAGUAGAGACAGGGUUUCACCAUGUUAGCCAGGCUGGUCUCAAACUCCAGACCUUGUGAUCCACCUGCCUCGCCCUCCCAAAGAGCUGAGAUUACAGGCAUGAACCACUGUGUCCAGCUGGGUUUUUGUUUUACAUAUUUUUUAAUUUUUAAUUUAAAUUUAUUUUUUGUAGGAGCAAGGUUUUGCCAUGUUGCCUAGGCGGGUUUCAAACUCCUGAGCUCAAGCAAUCUGCCUGACUCGGUCUACCAGAGUGCUGGGAUUACAGGUGUUAGCCACCAUGCCUGGACGUAUUUAUUUUUGAGAGAAAGGUCUCACUCUGUCACCAGGCUGGAGUGCAGUGGAGCAAUCAGCUCAUUGCAGCCUCAAAUUCCUGGACUCCAGCAAUCCCCCCAACUUGGCCUCUGAAGUAGCUGGGUCUAUAGAUGCUUACCACCACGCCCUUGUUUUAUUUUUUUAUUUUGUUUUUCCCUACUUUCAGGGUGAUUUCAUCAACUUUUUUUUUUUUUUUUUUUUUUUUGAGGCGGAGUUUCGCUGUUGUUACCCAGACUGGAGUGCAAUGGUACGAUCUCAGCUCACUGCAACCUCUGCCUUCUGGGUUCAAGCAAUUCUCCUGCCUCAGCCUCCUGACUAGCUGGGACUACAGGAGCAUACCACCAUGCCCAGCUAAUUUUUGUAUUUUUAGUGGAGACGGGAUUUCACCUUGUUGACCAGGAUGGUCUCGAUCUCUUGACCUCAUGAUUCACCCACCUUGGCCUCCCAAAGUGCUGGGAUUAUAGGUGUGAGCCACCGCUCCUGGCCUCAUCAACGUUCUUUUCCAACUUUUCAAUUGAAUUUUUUAUUUCUGCUUUCACAUUGUUAAUAUCCAAUUAACUCCUUAUUUUGGGAAUGUUUCUUUUUUAUAGUAUUACAGUCAGUCAGGUUUCACUUUAAAAAAAAAAAAGGGCUGGGCCUGGUGCCUCACGCCUGUAAUCUCAGCACUUUGGGAGGCUGAGGCAGGCAGAUCACAAAGUCAGGAGUUCAAGACCAACCUGACCAACAUAGUGAAACCCUGUCUCUACUAAAAAUAUAAAAAUUGCUCGAACCUGGGAGGUGGAGGUUGCAGUGAGCCAAGAUGGUGCCAUUGCACCAUCUUGCUUGGGCGACAAGAGUGAAACUCUGUCUCAAAAAAAAAAACAACAGAAACAACUCUAAAUAUUUCUAACAAAGAGGGAUUUGGUGGAAGGGGUCUGUAGUAAUGUCAGGAAGGCUGAUGAGUCAGAGAAGAGGAUGCCCAAAGAUCAGGAAGCUGCCAGCGCCCACUGCCAUUGCUGCCCUACUGGAAGCACAGCCUGGCCACCAUUGCACUAAAACUGUACCGCCGCCACUGAGUGACAUCAGGAUCCCUCACUCGGAUUAUUGCAUCAUGCCCAGCUCUGCAGUGUCAUUUUGAUGUGUCUUAAGUAUGGAUUUCUUUCGUUCUUUUUUUUUGAGUCAGAGCCUUGCUCUGUCACCCAGGCUGGAGUGCAGUGGCAUGAUCUCCAGCUUUUUCAGUUUUCUUUGAUAGGAGAGUGGUCCAAAUGAACUUUUCUACCAUUUUUGGAAGUUGAAGUUUGAUAGUUUGAUGUGUCUCUUGAUUUUCUCAUACUCAUCAUUCCUUUGGUAUGUACUUAUUGCCAUUAAAAUAAACAAAACUAAAUGUAUUCAACAUCAAAUGUAAUGCAUGCUGUCAUAUGUAACAAUCAAGACACUCAGUUGCAAGUCUGGGGACUCCAACACAAACUGACUGAAGAGGAGGUUCAAGUAACUGAAAAGCCCAGAGACUUUUCUGGUUCUUCCACAGUCAGAUCAAGGGCUCUAACAAAGUCAAGAGAUUUGGUCUCUCUUCACCCUUCACUGCUCCUGUUAGUGUCACUUUUAGGCCUCCAGAACCUGUGAAUUUGUCGGGUCACAUGGCAAAGAGGAAUGAAGGGUGCAAAUCAACUGACAUUAAAAUAUGGACAUUUUAGAAGAAAAAAAGGGCACAGCAAAAAAUGGGGAGAGUACCUUGGAUUUUUGGCUGGGUCCAAUGUAAUCACAAGUGCCAUUAAAAAUGGAAGAGGGAGAGAGAAGAGUGUUAGAGAUAGGAAUGGGAGAACGGUCUGGGGGAGGCAACAUUGCCGACAUCAAAGACAGAGGAGAGAUCACAGAGUGACCAAUCUAGGUGGCCUCUAGCAGUGAAGAUGCAAGGAAGCAGAUUUUCUUCUAGAGCCUUCAGAAAGAACAGGCCUGCCAACACCUUACUUUUCAGUCCAGCCAAACUUGUGUCAGACUUCUAAACUACAGAACUGUAAGAAUAAAUUUGUGUUUUAUCUAA